AUGAAUGCUUUUUUAAAAUCUUCCUUUUGCAGAGCUCCCCCAAAAGCUCCAGACGUGGUCAAACCUGGACCAGAAAGAAUUCACGUCCGAUUAUGGGAAUCCAAUCAUUGGGUCAAGGCGUCAGUUUCGCUGGUUGAUCUUGGAGCUCUUAUCAUGAGAAAGGUUUUCCAAGAAAAGCAGACAAUUUCUCCAUUUUGCCUGGGCUUGCUCUUUGCCUUCCUCCAUGCCUUGUUGCCAAUGACGAACAGAAUCUACCGUCACUCCGCCGCCCUGCGCAACUUCUCCUGCCAUCACGAUCUUUUCCAAGUUGCUUACGAGAUUAAAACAAUAACAUUUGCUGGUGCUCCCUAUCUCGUCAUUUGCAGUGCAAUCUGUCGCUUUUCCAUUUCCGCCAUCCUCUACUUUCUGUUGUCCAUCUCCUUGCGCGUGUACAGCCAGCGAUUACUGGCAGCCAAGCACUUUUCGCACCUAACUUCCGCCCGCCGAGCGCGCAAGUCCGACCUGCCCCACUUUCGUCUGAACAAAGUUCGCAACAUCAAACUCUGGCUCUCCCUGCGAUCCUACAUUCGCCGCAGAGGAGCGCAACGAUCCGUCGACAUUUUAGUCUCCUCUGGAUUUCUUCUUGUUUUGACGCACUUAUCCACCUUGGCAAUUAGUUUUAUUCACGGGAACAUUUUCGAAGAAUCGUCGCCCUUUCUCUGGGAAGUGACUUUCAACAGCAUUACGAGUGGCAUCUUCAUGAUGCAGAUCCUCACUCAAGGAAGCAAGAUCAACCAACGAUACAUGAACUCCUCUGGCUUGAUUACGGAGCAGAUCAAUCUCUACCUCAGAAUGGACAGAAAGCCGCAUAAAAAGGAGGCGCUUAGUAGAGCAAACGCAGUUUUGGGCCUCGCGGUGAAGCUAAUAAAAGAAAUAGAGUCUCCGUUCAAAGUGUACGGCCUGGUGAUGUCUCCACUUUUGUACAACGUAACUCGAAUGAUCAUUUUAUCGGCGUUCUCCGGCGCCGUUUCUGAAAUGCUGGGCAUCAAGCUCAAGCUCUGGAAAAUCAAAACCGGAUAG